AAUUAUAUAUUUUAAUUUUUAGAAUUUAAUAAGAAAUCAGAAGUCAGUAAUAUCUUAGAUUCGAACAAAGAUCAAAUUAAUAAUCAUAGACAAGGGGCCAUAACUAAUCUUCAAAAGCAGGCACAAAAAAUGAUGAAGUAUUCUAAUACUAAGUUAACAGAACUUCAAGUAGGAACUACUGUAAGAGUACCUAUACCUGACGUGGAUAGAGCACGUGGCUCACCCCUUAAUCUUUUGGCGGUCAUUGUUGUAUAUGAAGCUGAUAUGUAUAAAUUAUGUACGGAGUAUGGCAUGCUAAAAAAUAGGUUCACUAGAGCACUCGUUCCGUGUCCUGAAAAUAUAUUGAAUUAUGAAAAAACAAUCGCGACUGCCGGAGUAAAAGAAAUUACGGUUCAUGAGGCUGCUGGAUAUGGAAUCGCGGGGUCACAAGGCUAUACAAGAUGUAUUUGCAAAACCAAAUGCAAAACUAAUAGAUGCGCAUGUAAAAAAAUUAAUGUUUUAUGCAAUUCAAAGUGUCACGGCACAACAAAUUAUGAAAAUAAAUAA